CCACUACCUCUCCCUCCACUAUAACACUCCCACACUUCUCACUUCACACUUCACAGCAGUUGCCUCCCACAACAAUUGCCAAUCAUGGCUCCUCCUCCUACCAAAUUCUUCUCUCUCCUCUUCCUCCUCUCUCUCAUCCUCCUCUCUCUCCAAGCUCAAGCCAGAGACAGCCAAUUCUUUAGCAAAGUCGCCAGCUCCAACAACAACAAUGUGAAGGAAUCAGAGCUCCCCAAAACAGAGUCCCCAAAAACAGAGACUCCAAAAACAGAGUCCCCUGUUUUCAAUCCAGAAAAAGAGCAAGAGCCAACUUUCGUUCAAGAGACUCAAAACGGAUACGGCCUCUACGGCCAUGAGUCCGGCCAGCUUCCUCCUGCCACCUCCACCACUGGGACGGAGAAGCAGCACACUACAAACUACCCCGAAAGGUACAACACCCACUACAAUCCCAACGAAAACAACUAUUACAAUGGGAACAACUUUGAGGCCAACCCUAAUGGCCUCAGCGACACGAGGUUCGCUCAGAGCAGCUACACCACCACCACCGCCACCCCUAACAACCACCAGAACAACAAUUUUGAGGCCAACCCUAAUGGCCUCAGCGACACGAGGUUCGGUCAGAGCAGCUACACCACCACCACCGCCACCCCGAACAACUACCAGAACAACAAGUACUACAAUUUUGAGAAGCAGGGGAUGAGUGACACUAGGUUUUUGGAGAACGGCAAAUAUUACUACGACGCAAGAAGCGAGAGCAACUACAACCAGAACCAGUAUGGAAACUCUAGGGUUGUGGACUCCAAAAACUGGUACAAUAACAGGGGUAAUAACGUCAACGGAAAUGCGAAUCAGAACACCUAUAACACCAUGGAAGAGUACCAGACCGAGGAGGAGCAACAGAGCGAAGAUCAGUUCGUGCCAUGAGACUUGUUUUGAGUAGUACCACUUUGCUGUGUUUUGAUAUGCAUUUAUGGUAAUAUGUUUAAGUGGCAAACAAAAGAACAUGAUUAAAGAUAGAUUAUUGGUUUUUCUAAUGUUUAUUUAUGAUAUAUAUUGUCUCUGUUUUUGCAUAAAAAUGCUUUAAGUGUUCAUGCUUUGAGAAAGAUCAAGUUUGUGGACUAUGAAAGAGUCAAUAAAAUGUAUACUAGCUUCUUGCUACAACAGAUUUUAGUUGGUUUA